AUGGUUUCUAACGCUGGAGUCGGAAGUGGAACAGUGAUGUUAGACGACCUCGCUGAACGCGUCCCAUACUACUCAGCAUUUUUUGUGGACAAAAAUAGAAAUCAGGUCACUCCAUUUGCGAGCAUGGCACCGUCGAUUAUUACGAACUGUGAUGGACUGAAAACGGACACCGGAUGCAUUCAAAUUAACGUUACCGAACUGCUGACGUCGUUUUGGCCAUCGGCGGACGGAUCACUGCCAAAUGACGAUCCCACAUGCGGAUAUAGAGGAGAGAAAUGCGAUUACACAAUGAUCAUAGCUUGUGGCUCAGCUGGAUUAUGUUUUCUGCUCGCUAUCAUUGGAGCUUGGUUUCUUAGAAGAUACUGCGAAAACAAAGCUCUUAACAGCAUGCCAUGGAGAAUAUUCAGAGAUGAUAUCCAGAUUAUUGACGAGGAGCAAGCGAAAUCUAUGCUGUCUUUGAACUCGCAGAGAACGAAGUUGUCGAAUUCAAAUACAAUGGCACUGAAACAUCAUGCCAUCAUUGGAGUGAAUACCCACGCCACCUACCGUAUGUAUGAACAACGAAGGCCUAUAAAAUUUGGCAAAACGGAUCUUACUUUGCUCAUGAGGAUGAAACAAGCUGUACAUGACAAUCUGAACCCUUUUCUUGGAAUGGCAUUCAAUGAAAAAGCUGAGAUGUUACUACUUUGGAAGUUUUGUUCCAGGGGAACAUUGCAGGAUGUCAUCUACAAUGAGAACUUUGUUCUCGACGAGAAGUUUCAUGGAGCAUUCAUCAGAGAUGUCACGCUGGGUAUCGAAUACCUUCAUUUGUCGAAAAUUGGCUUUCAUGGCAGUAUUACCACCUGGUCUGCUCUUAUAGAUCGCAAUUGGCUGGUUAAAUUGACAGAUUACGGCGUCGCCGAUGCUGUUAACAGAUGGGUGAAACACGGAAGUAUCAAUGAAGAAAUACUUAAAGAUGGAGAUGAUAAAACUGAAGCUGGACAAAAAACUGCGAUCCUCUACGUCGCUCCAGAGAUACGACUCGCAAAUGAGAAGAAUCAGAAACGUCGCGUCGAUCAAGCCUGGGUCGCACAGACAUUGGAAAAACGACGAGCAGCUGAUAUCUACGCGUUUGGAGUGGUGAUGUACGAGAUUCUUUUCAGAACAUUUCCGUUCAGUGAUAAAGUUGACCUUGAGGCACUCUCUACAAAGGCGAUGGAAGGGGAGAAAAUAGCCCGACCACAAAUUCAGAAGGACAGACAGAUCCAUCCUGAUCUUCAGGCUCUUCUUCAGGACUGUUGGCACGACGCGCCGGACGCGCGGCCUUCCAUACGAAGAGUGAGGCUGUCCACUGAAUCAAUUUUGAAAACAAAAGGAAGUCUUGUUGAUUCGAUGACCCGAAUGAUGGAGGAAUACGCCAAUAAUCUGGAAAAACUCGUAAGCGAAAGGACGGGGAUGUUGGAGCAGGCCACAGUCCGUGCUGACCAACUGCUCUCUCAACUACUACCAAAAUAUGUGGCAAAUGAGCUUAAAAAUGGGCGCCCCGUUCCUCCAAAAAUGUACUCGGCAGCUACAGUAUUUUUUAGCGAUGUAGUGGGAUUCACAACGCUUUGCGGUUCAUCAUCUCCUAUUGAGGUCGUCAAUUUACUCAACAGCGUCUACUCGGGAUUCGAUGAAAUCAUCAACAAGCAUGAUGGAUAUAAGGUGGAGACAAUCGGUGACGCCUACAUGGUCGUAUCCGGUAUACCUCAAGAAAAUGGAAAACGACAUAUCAGCAACGUCGCCGAUAUCGCACUCGAAAUUAUGCAAUUUCUGGUCAACUACCGUAUCCCUCAUCGUAAAUCAGAUAAAUUGGUCAUCCGUAUAGGAUUCCAUAGCGGUCCUGUAGCUGCAGCUGUUGUUGGAUUGAACGCUCCACGGUACUGUCUGUUCGGUGAUACGGUUAAUAUGGCAUCUCGAAUGGAAUCUACAGGAGAACCAGAAAAGAUUCAAAUGUCGCAGGCAUCGAGAGAUCUCCUCGCCAACGAAUAUCCAGAGUUUGUGACAAUAAAACGUGGAGACUUUGAGAUUAAAGGUAAAGGGAAAUGCGCCACCUUCUGGCUAUUACGAAAGGAUCGCUCAUGCUUUGGAGGUUGA